AUGCCAAAGAUAGUGGUCAAUGAGGCAGGCACAUUAUCAUAUCCAGUGACACCAGAACAGGUACAGAAAUUGGUUGAACGUGCCACACGUGCACCAUAUGGCAAGGGAACAGAGACCAUCACAGACCUCAAUGUGAGACGUGUCUGGCAGAUACAGAACACAGACAUCAGCAUCACUGGCAACAAGUUUACCGAGUUCUUCAAUGGUGUGAUCAACAGCAUCAAGGAGUCGAUGGGUCUGGCCGACGAGACAGUAACAGCAGAGUUAUACAAGAUGCUCAUAUAUGACAAGGGAGGCUUCUUCUUGCCACAUCGUGACUCUGAGAAGGCCGUCAAGAUGUUUGGAACACUCGUGCUCUCACUGCCAUGCUCACAUCGUGGCGGUGACUUGGUCAUUGCUCACUCGGGCAAGGAGAUGAUCGUGUCGUUGGAGAAUGACUCGAUAUCAUCGAUCAAAUGGACAGCAUUCUUUGCUGACUGUCGACAUGAAGUCAAGCCAGUCACCGAAGGCAACCGAGUGUGUCUCGUAUACAACCUCAUGCGAUCAGGUGCUCGCAAGCUCGUUCCAACUCCAAACUCAGACGGUCGCGUCGUCGAUGCUCUCAACAAGGUGUUCUGUAUCAAGGUCAAGAAUGAGGAUGAUGAAGGUGACGAUGAUGCCAAGGUGCUCAAGAAGUCAAAGACAUCGACCACAACUACAACAUCAACCAAGGUGGAUGAUGAUGACAAUGAUGAUUACCCAGAGAAGAUAGCUUAUUGCUUGGAACACGUAUACUCGAUGGCCAACUGCACAUUAGAGUCGCUCAAGGGUAACGACGCAUCCCUUGCGCGAACAUUAUUGUCCAUUGCCGAUAAGGCCCAGAUCAAGCUAGGCUUCGCAUUCAUUCAUUGCACAGAGUCUGGACCAUAUGAAGGAGGAUACUAUGGUGAGCAAUACGGUGAUGUAGAGGAUAAGAGUCUUACGUUGACCGAGGUCAAGGACAUGCUCACUGGUGAAUAUCUAAGCAAUGAAAUGGAAUUGGACGAUGCUGAGCUCAUGCCCAAUGGAUGUAUGGAGGACGUCGACCCCUACGAUGAGGAGGCCGAGGAGGCAACAGGCAAUGAAGGUGGAUCAUUUGAGAAGUUCUAUAGACAAUCAGCCAUUGUGAUAUGGAGUACUGCACGUACGGGCGUGUUCACAAUGGUCGCCUCUCUACAGUCAGCUUUGAACAUCUUUAAAAGGGAGGUGAAAAAGCUUGGCGGAAUUGAUGUCAAUCCACAGGCAACACUUGAUCAGUUCACCAAGAUGAUGGAGUCGCUGUUCAGACUGAGAGCCAAAUAUCCUGACGAUCUCACCUUGGUACUCACACUGCUGGCCACGAUCAAAGACGAUCGGUUCAUGCACAAGCUCUUGAAGCAGAUCUUGCAGAGAUAUUGUGAAUACUUCACUUUGAACCUCCACCAGGACCUCUUGCUCUCACUCCUUCGGCGUCCAUCAAUGACGCCCGAGGCAGCAACCGAAUUAGUCAAGCUUGCCCUUCACCAUUCUACAUUCGAGACGUCCAUGGCCAUGUUACUCGCCAUGCUGGCUGUGCCCAACCCUCCCGCCAACAACGCCACAAUGCUACCCGCGAUAGUCCAGCUGACCUCUGGCAAACUCAAGACGAUGCCACAAUGUGAUCAACUCAGGGAGUGCAUCACAAAGCAUGCCGUGUUUGAACAACAGCGUACAGCACUCAUGGCCCCAAUUGAUGCGAUGGUGUUCAAGGUCUGGCAACAAUCACUCGAUGUGAUGACCUUCACCCAGAAGAUCCAGGAGAUUGAUCGACUGCUUGUGAGCCUGGCCACAGGAGCCACUCUCCCCAACUACAUGUCCAUCGCCAAUCUGAAGACCACGUUCACGUCGUCAAUCCUAAAGAGCUCCACUGUACACUCCUACUAUACAAACAAUGUCUGGUCGACCAUCUUGCCCGCACUCCCGAUUCUGGAGCGCAUCAAGGCGGCCCAACCAGAAUGGAUUACACAGGACCCCAACUACAGCAAGAUGCUAUCAAUGCUGUUGAAGUAUCAACCGAAUUAUUUCGACGACAAUACGAAUGCCAACAACUUGAACAUGAUAUGGCGAGCACUUCACUCGGAUGGCACCGGACCACACAUGCCAGGGCUCAUCAGUAUGAUCACCCAGGCCAACUUCAUAUCGGCUAGCGCUCACAUCAUGCUGCUUGCUCCACAUCGCGUUUAUCGACUCGCCCCACUACUCCUUGUACUGGGACUACGUCGCGCGCAUCAACAUUGCGACGGCCUCAGUCCCGCCUCCCACGGGCCACGAGAUACGAGCCAACAUUUCAUGCCCAUGUGCCAACUGCCAGCAGUUCUCUCAGUUCUGUCGCUCACCAGUUAUCACAAUGUGUAUACACUCAGAGCCAAGGAGACUGAUCGACGUCAUAUCCUACAGCUUGUGAAUCAGUAUCGAAAUGUCUUGAGUUAUACUACCUCGACAACAGGCACACCCAGGACAUUGGAAGUGAGAAAGAUUACAUCCGCCAUCACACACCAGGCCGAGAGGGAGAAGCACACUACAGCCUGCAACAACUGUCACAGCAUACUACAACUCAGACCACCUGGCAGGUUCAGCGACGCCCUCACUGGCGUUGUGGCGAACACUCCAGCUCCAAUAGUAUAUCCUCACACCAGAGUCCAGCCCACCACUACCAUCACCAAGAUCAAUGCUACGGUCGCAGCCCCACAAGCCCCACAAGCACAACAAGCACAAGGACAGCCAGCAGCCCCACAAGCACCACAAGCACAAGGACAACCAGCACCAGUCCCAAAGCAAGAGGUCAUCAACGUGGAUUAG